CCAACACUGGACCCAUAAGAUUCAUAUAAAGGUGAUUAGUGGUGUUUUGACCUGCCUGACUUUCCGUAGUUUGCUUCCGCGUCAUCGAUACGUACAUCCUAACGUUAUUGAGGGUCCAACAGACUCCGCCCCUUUGUAGAAGAAAACAAAUGUGUUCGUCAUCAGGUGCUGGACCGUGGUAGAUGGACAUUAGCCUAGUUUAGUCAUGAAUUGUCGCUCGGAGGUUCUCGAGGUGACGGUGGAGGCUCGGCAGGUGGAGGAAGCGAUGCUAGCCCUCCUCCACACCGUUUUACUUCACCGCAGCACCGGAAAGUUUCACUACAAGAAGGAGGGCACCUACUCCAUCGGUACCGUGGGCACUCGGGACAUCGACUGUGACUUUAUCGACUUCACAUUCGUCAGGGUGUCCUCGGAGGAGCUGGACAGGGUCAUCCGGAAAGCGGUGUCUGAAUUCAAGGAGGCUUUAAGCAACUCUGGCAGUGACGGCAUGGGCCAGAUCUCCUUGGAGUUCUACCAAAAGAAGAAGUCUCGCUGGCCCUUCUCGGAUGAGUGCAUCCCCUGGGAGGUGUGGAGCAUCAAAGUCAACGUGGUCAACCUGGCUAAUGAGCAGGAGAGACAGAUCUGCAGGGAGAAAGUGGGAGAAAAGCUGGGGGAGAAGGUCAUCAAUGUUGUUGAAGUCAUAAAUCGCCACGAGUACCUGCCAAAGAUGCCCACGCAGUCCGAAGUAGACAAUGUUUUUGACACCAGUCUUAAAGAUGUGCAGCCGUACCUUUACAAAAUCACUUACCAGAUCACUGACACACUGGGCACGUCUGUUGGCACCACCAUGAGGAGGCUGAUUAAAGACACUCUGGCGCUGUAGAUGCAGACCAACCACCAGUGUUCCACAGGUUUUUGCUGUCAUUGGCUUGCCCUACAGCUGUAAUCAGUUUAUUCUCUUCUGAUGUCUGCUGUGAUUCCAUUUGCUUUAAAGUUUCUGAAUGAUGUGCUUUUGGCUAAACCCCGAUGACACACACCAUUAAAGCAUUAAGUGGCCUGUCUGCAA